CCAACGUGAUGGCGUCAGGCGCCGCGAGCGCCGUUUCCUGUUGUCGCUGGCCGGGAGGCCGCAGCGCCUGGUCCGAGGCUUAGGGGCUGCCUUGGCCAGGAGUGCCCCGCGCCCCCUCCCCGCUCCCUCUGCUGAAAACCCUGACUCAUCACCUGGUACAGCAGCUGGAGGGCUUAAACACCGGCCUGUUGUCGUGCAUAGCCAGGUGCAGGAUCGGAGUCAGGCCGUAGAGACGAGGCUGUCGCGGAUGGCGGGGAAGUCUCUCAGCAGAAGAGCUUGCUGUUUACUGAUGAACGGAGUGUUUCGAAAGUGGUGAAGCCAGGUUAUCCAUUUCUUCUUUUAAUGUGUCAUGUGAUUCUCCGAGGGAGCUGCAGUGUGAGCGGAAAUGCUCUCGGUGGUGGAGAAUGGACUGGACCCCCGGGCUGCCAUCCCGGUCAUCAAGAAGAAGCUAGUGGGAUCUGUGAAGGCGUUGCAGAAGCAGUACGUGUCCUCGGACACAGUGGUCACUAGCGAAGACGGAGAUGCCAACACCAUGUGCAGUGCCCUGGAGGCCGUAUUUAUCCACGGCCUGCAUGCCAAGCACAUCCGAGCCGAGGCCGGAGGGAAAAGGAAGAAGAGCGCCCACCAGAAGCCUCUGCCUCAGCCUGUCUUCUGGCCCCUCCUGAAAGCUGUCACCCACAAACACAUCGUCUCGGAAUUGGAGCACCUGAUCUUUGUCAGCACGGACGUGGGCCGCUGCCGGGCCUGGCUGAGGCUGGCCCUCAAUGACGGCCUGAUGGAGUGCUACCUGAAGCUGCUCCUCCAGGAGCCCGCCCGCCUGUGCGAGUACUAUCAGCCCACAGCCCUGCUUCGAGACGCCGAGGAGGGCGAGUUCCUCCUCAGCUUCCUGCAGGGACUGACGUCCUUAUCCUUCGAGCUCUCCUACAAGUCCGCCAUCUUAAACGAGUGGACGCUUACCCCACUGGCUCUCUCUGGGCUUUGCCCGCUCUCUGAGCUCGACCCCCUCACCACCUCUGGGACAGAACUACAGCGGAAAGAGUCUCUGGAUUCAAUUUCCCAUUCCUCAGGCUCGGAGGACAUCGAAGUCCAGCACUCAGGCCAUAAGAUCCGACGGAACCGGAAGCUCACGGCCUCCUCCCUCAGCCUGGACACCGCCAGUUCAUCCCAGCUGUCUUGCAGCCUAAACUCUGAUAGCUGCCUACUCCAAGAGAAUGGCUCCAAGAGUCCAGACCGUUCCGAGGAGCCCAUGUCCUACGACUCCGACCUGGGGACAGCAAAUGCCGAUGAUUCAGACCCGUCUCUGCAAGAGGUAUUGUCGGAAUUCAGCAAAGCCCAGGUAAACUCUGUGCCAACCAACGGACUGAGCGGACUGAGUGGAGAAGUGGAGAUUCCCACGGGGCGGGCCUCACUCCCCCUCCCCGGCCUGGAGGCCAGCAUCCCUUUUGAUGUGCCCGCAGAGCCCCUCCCGCCCCAAGCAUCCUCUGGGACUCAAGAUGGGGACCGCAAGCAGGAGCCGCCUCCCCAGGCACCUGGCACCCUGGACUUGCUGCAGUUGGGCACUGCCAAAGCUGUCCCCUCGGUGAGCAUUUUAGACCAGAGGCCUUCCAGUCCCGUGAGAGAGGCGGCGGCCAGAGCAGUCAGUCCGGGGAGCGGCCAGCAGAAGUCUCUGGAGGAUGACGGAGCUGCACGGAGCCUUGGGGUGUCCUCACCCACCAGCCCGAGUCUGUGUGUGUUCACCCCCCCUGGAAUCAAGGAAGGGAAACCCCGGCUCAUCCCUGCCGGGCCCAUCGCCCAGGGCACCACCAUCUCUGCCUACGUGGCCAAAUCGAGAAAAACGUUGCUCGUGGAAGACAUCCUUGGGGACGAACGAUUUCCACGAGGUACUGGCCUGGAGUCUGGGACUCGUAUACAGUCUGUUCUUUGUUUACCAAUUGUCACUGCAAUCGGUGAUUUGAUUGGCAUCCUUGAGCUGUAUCGGCACUGGGGCAAAGAAGCCUUCUGUAUGAGUCAUCAGGAGGUCGCGACAGCAAAUCUUGCCUGGGCUUCAGUAGCCAUCCAUCAGGUGCAGGUGUGCAGAGGCCUUGCCAAGCAGACCGAAUUGAAUGACUUCCUACUUGACGUAUCCAAGACAUAUUUUGAUAACAUAGUCGCAAUAGACUCUCUACUUGAACACAUAAUGAUAUAUGCAAAAAAUCCGGUGAAUGCCGACCGUUGUGCACUUUUCCAGGUAGACCAUAAGAACAAGGAGUUAUAUUCAGACCUUUUUGAUAUCGGAGAGGAAAAGGAAGGAAAAGCUGUCUUCGAGAAGACCAAAGAAAUCAGAUUUUCAAUUGAGAAAGGGAUUGCUGGUCAGGUAGCAAGAACAGGGGAAGUCCUGAACAUUCCAGAUGCCUAUGCAGACCCACGCUUCAACAGGGAAGUGGACUUGUACACGGGCUACACCACGCGGAACAUACUGUGCAUGCCCAUCGUGAGUCGGGGGAGUGUCAUAGGCGUGGUGCAGAUGGUCAACAAACUGAGCGGUAGUGCCUUCUCGAAAACGGACGAGAACAGCUUCAAGUUGUUUGCUGUCUUCUGUGCGUUAGCCCUACACUGUGCCAAUCCCUGGAGCCUUUACUCGGUGCCGUAUCAACCCCACCCUGUGGCCACAGCAGCAUAAAAGCAGCAGGAAGGCCGGAAGGCCAGAACCGCUGGCUCCUGCAGAACCUAGAAGAGGCCACCGCCCUGGGGCCACUCGCUUGAAGGAUCAAGCUUCAGGAUCCCAGGCAGGCUGGUCCAGUCCUGAGGGAAAGGAUGAACUUCACUUACUCACGAACCAUGGGCAAGAGUUAUCUGCUCACUGGGAUGCUUUGGCCUUGUUCUGAUAACUGGGCGUUCUGGUGAGUUCUCUUGGCCUGCAUCCUGAUCUGGUCAAGCUGCUCAGGACUCCAGCUGAGGUGGGGUACCGCUGCCUCUAACACACUCCUAUGGACACACAUGAACAGUGCCACCGCAUUGCUACAGGUCACGUGCCCCUCGAUUCCUCGUGCUGGCCUCUGUUAAAGGCCAUACUUUCAUCACUAUGAACGUAUCAGUCUUAACACGGAACCUCACGCGGUGCAAAUGCUUAGCAAAUAAAUAGGGAAGAUUUCCUUCCUGGACCAUCAGAGACGUUUAAAAUUCUCUGGAAGCAUCAGGAACUUUAUCUCCAGGAGGAUAAGCUGAAAUACUCAUCGCCUGCUACCAACACCAACCAGUUUCACACACGAAUUAAAUAAUACCCCAGCCCCAAAGAGAAAGAAAGACAAUUCUGUUAUAAUGAGCAGUAAGAGCAGGCAUCUGGGUGGCUCAGUUGGUUGAGCCUCCAACUUUGGCUCGGGUCACCAUCUCGUGGUUCAUAGGUUCAAGCCCCGCAUCGAGCUCUGUGUUGACAGCUCAGAGCCUA